AUGUUCAUCGAAAGGCUUCCUCUUCUGAUUUUUAUUCUUUUUUCAACCGGCCUAGCCCAAUUCUUUGACGGUAUGUCCUAUCCUGAAUUAGACUAUGCCAAUUCUUACUUCAACGACGAUACUGACCCGUAUGAACAGGAUUUCAGUGAAAGUGACUCCAUUGUGGAAGAUGACGAGGACGAUAAACAAGGUUGGACGGUUGUAAGUGAAGAGGAAGUAGCAGAACUCGCUGGAAGAAUUGAAGCUGCGGAGAGACACGAACAAUUUGCAAAGGAUGCGGAUCAUUUUUCAACGGUUGUCCCUGCAACCACUGAGGAGUUUGUUACUGAUGCAGCUGAAGAAUUGGAAAGUGAGGAGAAAGAAGAAGGUGAAGAAAUAGAAAGCACCACAACACCUCUACAGACUGUCGCAUCACUAUUUUCUCAUUUAUUUUCAACGAGCCCAUCGACGGAUGAUGGAAUUUUAGAAGAAUCAAGAGCAGAUGCUAAUGAGCCAGAGAGCCAUAAUAAAGAAGGGAUGAAUUUAAGCUCAGAAACAGAACUUCAAAAAGAGGAAAAAGUAAUGGAGGCCUCCACAACGGAAGAGGAAGCCGAAGCUUCAAAGCCUGAAGAGCUGAUAAAAGAAUCUGAAGGGGAAACUUCUAAAUUCACCGAAUUAACUAUGACAACUGAAAAACAGUCGCCGAAAUUAGAUAAGGAGACUUCGGAUACAGAAACAACAAUCACUACAUCGGUAGAUGAGGUAGCAACUACAGAAACGGAAGAGACAAAACCAACUGAAAUCACCCCAGAAUCAGAUGUUGAAUUUGAAAAUGUAGAUGGGAAGUCAGCAGAAAUGGAAACGGAACCACCGAAAUUGGAAGAAUUCUCAUCUGCUAUGGAAACAAAACAAUCACAAAUUAUGGAAGAAACAGAAAAAAAAACAGAAAGUACCAUUCGUCACGAAGAUAAAUCGCAAAUAAUGACGGAUACUCCUUAUUCAACCACAAGAAUGCAAGAAAUAGAACCAAAAACACUCAUUGCUGAAGACGAUGCAUCUUCAUCGCUGAAGGCAGCGGUUCCAAGUUCAGAGGAGAAGACGGAGAAAAAUGAAUGGGAAGCUUCAGAAUCUGAAGAAGUUAAUUCAAAAUCGAAGACAAGUUCUCAAGAGAUAGUUGAGCCACACAAGGAAGAUGAACCGAAUAUCUUGAAAUCUAAAGACGAAACUGAACCAGCUCCAGAAGUCAUAGAAACGGAAAAUAAAACACAUUUGCUAUCAGAGAAAGAAUCUCCAGAAAUUAGUGGAACGGUGGAAGCUGAGAAAGAAGUCCAGAGGUCAACCCUUAAAUUAACUCAAGAGACGACAGUGGAUACUGAAAUUCCUAAGUCGGAAGAAAAGAACACAGAAAGCAGAGAACCAGUAGAAGAAGCUUCAAUCAUAGCCUCGAAGGCGGCAACAGUAAAUUACGAUGAGCCUGCUACACCGACUCAAACUGACGACGAGAAUACACAAGGUCCUCAGACAGAGGAGGUUUCGCAAGAAAUUACAGAGGAGUUACGUGCAGCUUCCUCGGAAUCCCUCUAA